UCAAAUGUGUGUGUGCUUCCAGAAUGUAUGGCCACCCUGUAUGCACAUAUGCACACUCUUUUUGAAGAUAGGGAUAUGUGGCUUGUGGUUUUUUAGGAGUCUUUUAUUAUAGCCUUAGAAGAAUGGGAGGGGUUAUGUAUGCAAAUGAAAAAAAAAUCUUCCCACUAAUAAAAAAUUUUUCCCCCAGAUACCAAACUAGUCAUGAAGAAAAAUACAAUCAAUACACAACACUCCUUUGUGAACAUCCCCAAUGUGAUUGUACCAGACAUUGAAAUGGGAAUAAGAAGGAUGGAAAACGGAGCAUGCAGCUCCUUUUCUGAUGAUGAUAAUGACGACAGAGCCUCUAUAUUUGAAGAAUCAGAAAAUGAAAACUUUCAUGAAAGAGGUUCCUUUAGAAAGAGCUCACACAGAAGGAGAGGACCAUCACAGAGGGAGCAGUGCCUGCCUGGUGCCAUUGCACUUUUCAAUGUUAACAACAGCAGCAAUAAGGACAAGGAGCCAAAAGAAAAAACAAAAAAGAAAAAAGAAAAGAAAAGCAAGUCAGAUCAUAAAAAUGAAAGUAAAAAGGACCCAGAGAAGAAAAAGAGUAAAGGAAAAGAGGCGAAAGAGGACAAAAACAAAGAUAAAAAAGAGGAGAAGAAGAAAGAAGUCAUGGUUAUUGAUCCUUCGGGAAACACAUAUUACAACUGGCUGUUUUGCAUCACCUUACCUGUUAUGUAUAACUGGACUAUGAUUAUUGCAAGAGCAUGUUUUGAUGAACUUCAGUCUAAUUACCUAAAAUAUUGGCUCGUUUUUGAUUACUUAUCAGAUGUAGUCUAUCUUCUCGAUAUGUUUGUACGAACAAGGACAGGUUAUCUGGAACAAGGACUGCUGGUAAAGGAAGAGCGUAAACUCAUAGAGAAAUAUAAAUCGACUUUGCAAUUUAAACUUGAUGUUUUAUCAGUGAUACCAAUUGAUCUGCUGUAUCUUAAGCUGGGGUGGAACUAUCCAGAAAUUAGAUUAAAUAGACUGUUAAGGAUCUCUCGGAUGUUUGAGUUCUUCCAGAGAACAGAAACGAGGACAAACUACCCAAACAUCUUCAGGAUUUCUAACCUUGUUAUGUAUAUCGUCAUCAUCAUCCACUGGAAUGCAUGUGUAUAUUACUCUAUUUCCAAAGCUAUUGGAUUUGGAAAUGACACAUGGGUCUAUCCUGAUGUUAAUGAUCCUGAAUUUGGCCGUUUGGCAAGAAAAUACGUAUACAGCCUUUACUGGUCUACACUGACUUUGACCACGAUUGGUGAAACACCACCUCCUGUUAGAGAUUCUGAGUAUGUCUUUGUGGUGGUUGAUUUCCUAAUUGGAGUGUUAAUUUUUGCUACCAUUGUUGGUAACAUAGGUUCUAUGAUUUCCAACAUGAAUGCAGCUAGAGCAGAAUUUCAAGCAAGAAUUGAUGCUAUAAAGCAAUAUAUGCAUUUUCGCAAUGUAAGCAAAGAUAUGGAAAAGCGAGUUAUCAAAUGGUUUGACUACUUGUGGACCAACAAAAAAACAGUGGAUGAGAAGGAAGUCUUGAAGUAUCUACCUGAUAAACUCAGAGCAGAGAUUGCCAUCAACGUUCACUUAGACACACUGAAAAAGGUGCGCAUUUUUGCUGACUGUGAAGCUGGCCUGCUGGUGGAGUUGGUCUUGAAAUUACAACCCCAAGUCUAUAGUCCUGGAGAUUACAUUUGCAAGAAAGGAGAUAUCGGACGUGAGAUGUACAUCAUCAAAGAAGGCAAACUUGCCGUGGUAGCAGAUGAUGGGGUCACUCAGUUUGUGGUUCUCAGUGAUGGCAGCUACUUUGGUGAGAUUAGCAUUCUUAACAUUAAAGGCAGCAAAGCUGGAAAUCGAAGAACGGCCAAUAUUAAAAGUAUUGGCUACUCAGAUCUGUUUUGUCUCUCAAAAGAUGACCUCAUGGAAGCUCUAACUGAGUACCCAGAUGCCAAAACUAUGCUAGAAGAGAAAGGGAGGCAAAUCUUGAUGAAAGAUGGCCUAUUGGAUAUAAAUAUCGCAAAUGCCGGGAGUGAUCCUAAAGACCUGGAAGAGAAGGUCUCCAGAAUGGAAGGUUCAGUAGACCUUCUGCAAACAAGGUUUGCCCGGAUCCUGGCUGAGUAUGAGUCAACGCAACAGAAACUGAAGCAGAGACUAACUAAGGUUGAGAACUUUCUGAAACCGAUUGUCGACACAGAAUUUUCAACUAUUGAAGGAUCUGGCAUGGAAAGUGGGCCCACAGACUCUACACAAGACUAAAAAGCUGAUU